GAAGAGCUUACCCGAGGAAUUAUGGUUCGACUCCUAAAAGACGCUGGCGCAGACGUGAACAUGAAAGAUAAAAUCGGUAAAACCGCGCUAAUUCAUGCCUGUGAGCAGAGAUGCAACGAUGUCGUCAAGAUCCUCAUUCAACAUGCAAACAUUUCUCCUGAUGUUGAAGAUGUUGAUG